GUGCCCUGACCAGAGAUCUCCUGCUUGGACACAGAUGGAGUCCCAAGGGGUGGUGUAAACAUCAUGGAACUGCUGCUGUUGGAAAGUCUGGGGCUGUAGCCUCACCAUUCCAAUAGAAAGAACAAGAUCUAGGCACGUUUCCUGCUAAAUUCUCCUGAAUUGCCUCAUCUGAAAUGGAAUCUUAAUUCUGUGUUACCUUCUUAACUUACUAACCACCUUCAUUUUGAAAAUGCCCUGCAGAGGAGGACAAUUCCUAAAUUCUGUUAGUGGUCUUGAACAACAACACAUGAAGUCCCUUGACUUUUCUGCAGGAAACAAGGCACUUUAGGUAUGUGCAACUGUUGAAGAAACCAAAAUGUUUGAAGCUACAGAAUAGAAAGAACCAAGAAAGAUUGAAGAAAUAGCAUUGCCUGAAGAGAAAGGACCAUAAAAGACCACUUUCAAAAGCCUUAAAAGGUGGUUGCAAAAAGGAAGGGGUGUAUGUGUUCCCUUUCUAUGGUUGGUAGGAAAUAAAAGUAAAUGGGAGGAAUGCCAGUUGAAGCACCUGUGUGGAAACUGGAGUAUUUUACUUGUGGAAAUGUGUAAAACCUCUCAGAACAUAUCAGACAAAUGUCAGUCAAAACUGACUGUAGUUAAGGAUUGACUGUAGUUAAUCCUGUCUUCCAGCUGGGGGGGAGUUCGUAUUUCUAGGAACUAGUGCUGUAGUAGUUUUCCAUAACUUUCUGCUUUUACAAAAUGGAAAUUGGAACUGUAUGAGCUUAAGAAGGGUUCUAUUUCUAGAAUCAGAUACUAGAGGUCAUACUGACAGUGAUAGUGAAUUGCCAGUGCUCUGUGUUUGAGUCUUUCCCUGCUGUCCAAGUGAAAAAGAAGCAGCUGAUCUCUUUAUGCUCUUUCUCUUGAAACAUAGUCUGUGAGAUGUUGGUUCCUGGUGUUAAACAGCCUUCAUCCUCUGCUGCUUUAGAAUUCUCUACCCUCAUCAUAAGUCUUAAAUCUGUCAGUUCAAGAGAAAACCGAUCUAUGCUUUGCACUGUCAGUUGGAGUUGUGUGUUUUGCACAGCUGAAUGCGAUCUUAAAUGAGUAACAUCUGUGUAAUAAUGCAGAUACCUCCCUUCCAAGGACUGGCUUGUCACAGUGACUUUCAGGAACUCGGUUCUGUCCUUCAUUACUCAUUGUUGUAAUUCUCUUGAGUUCACACUUGAGUUCUCUUGAGUUCUCUCAAAUUCAGAGGCAGCUACCUCACUGUCUACAGAUUUCACAAAAUAUUCUGAGUUGGAAUGGUCCUACAAGGAUCUUACGCUUGUCUUCUCUCUCAUCAUGUGUUUCUGUCAUACUGUGUGUUGCAGAACAGAACAUGGGAACUUGAGAAAGCAUGUGCAAGCACAUCAAAGCCUGUCUGGCACUUGUUCUCAAUGAUCUACAUCAGCUGUUUUGGUAAAGUGGCACCAGCAGCCCAUUUACAUCAGCAGACAAUCUUGCUUAAUAGCAUUAGAUUUCCUGAUGCACCUUAAGCAUGACAAGGAAGAUCUUCACCAACACCAGGGAGAGGUGGAGGCAGCAAAAUGUGAACAGCGCCUUUGCCAAGCUGAGGAAACUCAUUCCCACCCACCCACCAGACAAAAAACUGAGCAAGAACGAGACCCUCCGUUUAGCCAUGAGAUACAUCAACUUCCUUGUCAAGGUCCUGGGGGAGCCAGGCCUGCAGCAGACGGCAGUGGCAGCUCGGAGCAGCAUCCUGGGGUUCUUCCACCAAGCUCCACACUUGCAAAGCAUGGAGGAGUUGCCACUGAUUGAAAACUGUGGUGUCUCGUGUCCUGGCAUGAGCAGCAAUAUAGCAGAGUGUUGGUCAGAGACAUCAUCUCCCUAGCAAGCAAUGAGAUGUGCAGUCUUGGUCCUAGUCUUGAUAGUCCCUCUCCUUUUGCUCCUCUAUGUAUUGUGUAUAUUUAUUCAUAUUUAUUACUAUUGUAUUUGGUAUGCAUUUUUAUUUAAUAGGAAAGGAAAUCCUUGGUCAUCCAGAAACUUGGAGGUUCAGAGGGAGAACUUGCAGUCCCUGGGAACUUGGAAGGACUCACUGUUGUCAAAGCAGAGUCCAAGCCAGAGGAGCCUUCUACCCAGAUCUGCUCCAUAAAUCAGGCUGUAGAAACUUAAUCAGUGUUUCUGACAGGGAAAGAGAUUAUUCUCCCAUGCUAAUUCAAGGAAACACUACUGAGAUGAAGAAUGAUGACUACACCACAAAAUUUGUCUAAGACACAUCUGGCCUUGGUAGUGAAAGAUUUUGAGGUAUGUGAUAUUUGACACAGUCCUCCACCAGUUUUUCCAGGGGCUAACUGCACUCACCCUUGAGCUUGUGAAUCUUAUUUCCAGCUUGAUUCUUUUUUUUGAGAAUGCAAGUCCUAGUCCUUGAACCUGACUACAUCACACUGGAGGGAUCUCUAGUGUCAGAGCAAAAUGUGUUAAAUAAAUUUAAAUGUUAGGUUAAAGCAAAGUACCAAUUUAAACUUAAAGAAGACAUAGUCGUAGAUGAGUUUGAGUGGGUUCAAUAGGCAGAGUAAAUCUCCUUUGUAGCAGUGCCAGUGUGCAUGUGAAGGAUGAUGGUCAGCUAUGCUCCAGAUGCCUUAAAAGACCAUCAAAAAGAGGUUGGUGGCUAAAUGUCUUUGCAUAUCCAGCUGACUGCCUUUAAACUCCUUGGUUUUCCCUGCUGUAGCUGAGGUUCUCCCACCUGGAUGCUAUCCCAAAUGGGCUGACGGAGCAAGGACAAAGAUAUUGGUAUAAAUGUCUUCCAUUUCAUCCAGCAAGUCAUUUCCCUAUAGGGAGAAACACCAGCCAUCAUGCUCAUUGGUGUUUGGAUGAUAAGCAGGUUGAAAGAGGUUUCAUGAAGGUGAUUUUAUGUUAUUGUUCAAAAAAACCAAUUUAAUUUCCUGGUUGAGUGUGUGCCAUAAAAGGCCUGGGCUGCUCAUGUGAGGUACAAAGCAGCCCAGAGCAGCAGAAAAAAUGAUGCUGGCUUGAAGUAGAAUGCUUUCCCGGUCAGAUCCCGCUGACAAGUCCUUUGGAUUUCCAUGUGGACCAAGGUAUAUGUCAAAGCUUAGAAAGGACAAUUGUUCAGGACUGUUGAAUAAAUGUAGCUUCCUUAGGCUGAGGCACAUUGCUGGGCUGUUUCUGUUUGUUCAUAGACAAUGAGGUGCCUUCAGAAAGCAGAGAUAGGGUUUGUGCAUGUAACAUGUACAGGCCUUCUGCAUGAGGGGAUUUGGCACCCGAAGCUGAGCUGCCUUUCAAAGCCUCACCAAGCACCAGAAGCACCAAAGAAGCCAGGGCUGGCUCCUGCUAUGGGUAUAUUGGGCUGUCCUGAGCAUUGGCAAAGACCAAGGACACAGCUCACCCCGUCCAGGACUGGUGUUGGAAGGCACAGGCAUGCCAAUGGACAGAGUUUGACAAAAAAGAAAUGGAAAAACCAAAAAACUGAAAGGGUUCCUAUUGAUUUGAUUUUGGUUUUGAACACUCUUAUAGUCAGUUUGCUUAUCCCUGUGCUUGUGAGCUGUCAGGACUGCACUGGAGGGCAGCUGAGUGAAAAGGCACUGAGAGUCCUUCAUAUGGCUUGUUUCUCAUUGCCUCUGCCCACUUUAAUGGGACUAAAUGGAGCCACAGCCUUCUGUGCACAGCAGCACCUCCGAGGUAAUGAGCCAAGUCCUCCUCCCAGCUUUCUGCUGGCUCACUGGAGUUACAACAGAACAGAUUAGUCCAAGUAAAUCAUGACACUUAUUGGUGAGGUGUGGUGGUGCUGUUUGGUCUAUCAGUCAAUUGCUGUCCCAGGAAACACAUAGUCACCAAGGCAAGGCAAAACAUCUUGUGAAAAGCUGUCAUCCAGGGGAAGGGAAAGAAAACCUGGCAAUUUUGUAACAUGCUUGUUGUAUUUUCUGUGCUAAAAAACCCCUUGCCUUCUUGUUAUUGCUUUGUUUCCUAUCUGCGCUUUCUUUGAUCUCCUUUCCAUUUAGAAGCUCCCUGCUCUCACUCUCAGCAAGUAUCUCACUAAUCUAUCUACCAAAGACUUUUUUUUUUUGGUCAGGUUUCUUCUUUGUGUUUUGGGGAUUUCUUGUCUGUAUAAUCAUGAAUGCAUACGGAGUAACUGAUAACGUUUUG